AUGGAGACGGCGGUACCCGUCGCGGGCAGGGUGCUGUGCGUGAUGGUGCACGGGCUCGGCGGCACGGCGCGCGACUGGGACACCUGGGUCGAGGUGCUGUCCAGCAGGUUCCCCUCGUGGAGCCUGAAGCCCCUGGAGACACUCGCGGGGGGCGCCAGGGUCAUGGGCAGGGCGGUGGACGCCCUGGCCUCGGAGGCCGCGGAUGAGAUCGCGGGCGCGGUGAACGCGCAGCUCGCCAUGCUGGAGUCGCCGAGCGAGCGUCUGACACUGCACGCCAUCGGCCACUCCAUGGGGGGAAUAAUCCUCCGCGGUGCCCUGCCCAAGCUCGUGGACGAGGUGGGCGUCGAGCGCGUCAGGCUCGGGCACUACAUGUCCCUGUCGUCGCCCCACCUUGGGGUGCAGGCGCCCUGGAGCACCCUUCGGCACGCCUGGAAGAACCUGAGUCGCCUCACGCAGCCCGUCUCGCUGCAGCUCGCGCAGCUAUCCGUGCAGGACGCGAGCGGCUCGCGCGGGCGCCCCUACUUGGUAGCGCUCGGCGACCCCGCGGGGCCGCACUUGGCGCUGCUGCGGAGGUUCCGCACCCGGACGUGCGCCACGAUGGCCAGAGGCGACGCGCUGAUACCGCUGGCGUCCGGGCUCAUCGAGCCCGAGCACCGGCAGUACCAGUGGCACGCGUUCGCUGACCUCCGAGGGCUCCUUCUGGCGGUUCGGGGACGUGUCGGAGCGCGGCGGCGGCGGCAGCCCAUCGAGCGCGAGCGGGCCCGCGGAGCGCCCUUCGAAGGAGCGCCCUUCGAAGGAGUGCUCGCGCGGCCGCGACUGGGGGCGCGGGGGCGGCGGGCCCGGCGGCUUCUGCAGCUGUUUCGGCGCCCUCGCCCGGGCCUUGGCCGCGAGCGCCAGGAGGCAGGGCGCCAGGGACGCCCCCGUGGUCGCCCCCACGCAGCCCCUGCUGGCGACGACGGUGGAGCUCGGCUCCCCCGCCGGAGGCUCCGCGCGUGCGGAGUCCGUCGCCGCUGCCCGCGUCCAGGACGAGGACGAGGCCAGCGAGUCUGGCGACCACACGCCUCCGGCGACCUUCGGCUGCCUGUUCAGCAUGGGCGGCCUGCUUUCGCCGUCACCGGGUGCGAAGCCGCGGGACGCGCCGCCACGGUGGCAGUGCUCGGCGUCUGGGGCGUGCCGCUUCCCCAGCCAGGUCUUCCACGGGCUGGACGCGCUGCAGUGGCGCAGAGUUAA